AUGCUAACUUGUCGUAGGUUUCGAAAACAAACUCAAUACGUGACUCUUCAAGAAUAUGACGAGUGGAAUACACGCUACGAAGAAACUCUACGGAGGCGGCGUGGGAAGUGGGAGAUAUUGCUGAGGGAGUCUGGCUUGUCACCGAGUAGCGAGGGAGGUCCUGUACGAUUCCCACCUAAGUCGACCAAGGUCAAACGUUAUGUGAGGAAAGGUAUUCCUCCAGAAUGGAGAGGGGCGGCUUGGUUCUGGUAUGCGGGAGGUCAAAAAAUGCUUAACAAGCAUCCUGGAUUGUAUGAUGAAUUGGUCAAGAAGGGUAACGGCUUGGUAUCUCCUGAUUCUGAGUUGAUUGAAAGAGAUCUCCACCGCACCUUUCCCGAUAACAUCAAAUUCAAGCCCGAUGCUUCCCCGGGUGCCCAAAGACUUUCCAAAAUUCAACAACAGCAGAUGGAGACGCCGAUCGUACAACAGUUGAGAAGAGUCUUGGUUGCCUUCUCGCUUCACGUUCCCAAAGUUGGUUACUGCCAGAGCUUGAACUUUUUGGCUGGUCUCUUGUUACUGUUCAUGAGUGAAGAGAAGGCCUUCUGGAUGCUGUACAUUCUUACCCAUACUCAUCUUCCUGGAACACAUGAGGUAAACUUGGAGGGUUCUAGUGUUGAUCAGUGGGUGCUUAUGAUGAGUGUACGGGAGAGUUUGCCUGGUAUCUGGGCCAAGAUUGGUGGCGAUCUCGAUGGUAGCGAUUUUGAUCCUGACUCUGCGAGGCUGCCGCCGGUAACUCUGUGCACUUCUUCGUGGUUCAUGAGUGGGUUUAUCGGAUCACUGCCCAUUGAGAGUGUCCUCCGAGUUUGGGAUUGUUUGUUUUACGAGGGAUCAAAGACUCUCUUCCGAAUUGCUCUCGCUAUCUUCAAGACCGGUGAGCCGCAAAUCAGGGCUGUAAAUGACCCGAUGGAGAUCUUCCAAGUUGUUCAGACAAUUCCAAGACGCCUCAUCGACGCGGGUGCUAUUAUCGAAGCGUGCUACCGCCGGAGAAAUGGUUUCGGACAUAUCAGUCAAGAAACUAUCGAUCAACGGAGGCAAGACCGCAGGGACGCCUUUGCAGCAGAGCGGGCAGCGAUUGCGAGGGGCGGUGUCAGAGCUUCUAAGGAUGAUCAGGCGCUUCGGAAUCAUUUUGGAGGACCAUUGCAGCUUCACGGGCAUCACGACUUUAGCAGAAAAUUCAAGAAGAUCUUGGUAAAGACAUAG